UCUCUCAACUAAUUGUUGUAAACUGAGCAAAUCAGCAAAAAAUGUCUCAAGGCUCUGCCUACCAAACUAGGCAGCAGCAAGGCUUGAACACCACGUCCGGUGAUUACCAUGACUAUAUUUCGAGGUUAUCAAAGAUGCCUAGUGUUAUCCAUGGUGCCCCCCAGUACCCAAGUGUUCACAAGGCCUUCAACAACAAGGUAACUCAAGAAGAAGAGGUUAAUAAGGCUCGCCAAGACAAUGUCAACAAGAAGAAUCCCACCAGGUCUACCAAGAAGGUUCGGGUGAAGGAGCAAGUGCAAGUUAUCGAUCAAAAUGGGAAUCGGAAAUCAGAAGAUAUCGAAGAAGAUGUUGAUGGUGAAGCUGAGGGUUUCAUCCAGCGGAAGCAAAGGGGCUUUGAACUGUGCAAAUGGAAGACCUUCAAAUUUCCAUAGGCUAGGGAGCACGCCGGUUGUGCUUCGAUUACUGGGAAACUAUAUUCCAGCUGCAGUGUGAACCAACACAGAUAAUUAAAUAAAAUGCCCGUCUUAAUUUCUUGUGUUAGCAGAACUUCUUUCAGGGUUGUUGGGAUAUAGCAUGUCAAGAAAAUUUUAGUAUUUUAUCUUUUUUAAUAAGACAAUAUAGAGUGAUAUACUAUAGCUUUUCAUUGA